GCUGCUGCUGCUGCCUCUCUACUUGUCACUCAUUGUGCGGCGAACAGCGGUCGCGACGUACAUAUAUAACUCAACCUCCUCUCCCCUACUAUUUGGACCACUCUUGGAUCGUUCUCCACGCUGGUUUUAUCACCAAAAAAAGCUACCAAGGACAUAAGCGGUUACGAUGCUGCGCGCGCUGGACCUUUUCUGCGGGGGGUUGCUGCUUUGGAUCGGCUGCACAGCGGCCCUCCAGGUGCAAAUCAACCCGACACAGGGAGAGAUCAGCCUGGGAGAGUCCAAAUUCUUCGUCUGUGAAGUGGUGGGAGAUGCUAAAGACAUCGACUGGUUCAACCCUCAGGGAGAGAAGAUUGUUCCAGACAACCCUAAUAUCUUUGUGGUCCGGAACGAUGAGGUCACUUCCACAUUGACCAUCUAUCACGCCACUAUGGACAACGCCGGCAUCUACAAGUGCAUGGCCAAGGCUCCCGGGCAGGAGGCAGAGGCAACUGUACAAGUCAAGAUCUUCCAAAAGAUCACCUUCAAGAACGCCCCCAGCCCACAAGAGUUUAACGAAGGAGACGAUGCCGACCUGGUGUGUGAUGUGGCCAGUUCGCCCCCUGCUGAAAUUGUUUGGAAGUACAAGUUCAACGUCAUCAAGAGCGCCAAAGACGUGAGAUACAGAGUUCUGGACAACGGUCACCUGCUGAUCCGGAGCAUAAGGAAAGCAGACGAGGGGAUGUACAGCUGUGAGGCCCGGGUCAUCGCCAGAGGAGAGCUGGACUUCAGGCCCAUCAAAGUGGUCAUCAACGUCCUGCCCACCAUUCGCCCUCGUCAGUCUGAGGUGAACGCCACAGCAGAAGAAGGCAGCACUGCUCUUCUGGCCUGUGAUGCAGAUGGUUUCCCUGAGCCCACUGUGACCUGGGCACAUAACAAUGUUCUCCUCGUGAGUGGAGACAAAUACAGUGUGAACGAGGACGGCUCGGAGCUGCUGGUACGAGACGUGAAGAAGGUGGACGAGGGGGAGUACACGUGUAUCGCACGCAACAAGGCUGGAGAGACAUCCCAGGAAGUCAGCCUCAAAGUCUUUGUGCCACCAAAGAUCACAUUCCUGAACAACCAGAGUGCAUCGGAGUUUGAUGAACAGGUGACCCUGACCUGUGAGGCCUCUGGAGACCCCACCCCCAGCAUCCUGUGGAGCUUCGACCAAAGAGUCUUCACUGAGGGAGAGCAGGCUUCUUGGACCCGCCCUGACAAGUACGAGAGUUUGGAUCGGAACAUUGUGGUGCGGAGCCAUGCGAGGGUGUCGUCCCUCACCCUGAAGAAUGUGCAGUUCACGUACGCCGGUCAGUACCUCUGCACCGCCAGUAACUCCAUCGGGGAGGACAGCCAAAGCAUGAGCCUGGAAGUGAGAUAUGCUCCAAAGAUCCUGGGCCAGGUGACUGUGUUCACGUGGGAGGGGAACCCAGCGAACAUCAGCUGCGAGGUGGAGGCUCACCCGUCCGCAGACAUGUUAUGGUUCAGAGACGGAUUCCAGCUGCCCAACGCCAACUCCAGCAACAUCAAGAUCUACAAUACCCCCUCCGUCAGCUACCUCGAGAUCAACCCUGAGUCUCAGAAUGACUUUGGGAGCUACAACUGCACGGCCACCAACAGCAUGGGCAGCGAGUACAAGGAGUUCCUCCUCAUACAAGCAGAGGUGCCAUCUUCCCCGGAGAUCCAGCAGGUGGAGUCCUUUUCCAGCACAGCGGUGGUAGAGUUCGACGAGCCCGACUCUUCAGGAGGAGUGAACAUCCUCAAAUACAGAGUACAGUGGCGUCUACCCGGGAGCCCGUGGAACGCCCGCGAGUACGAUGCUUCGGAUGACCUGACAAAGAUCACCAUCACCGGACUCAAACCGGAGACUUCUUACGAGGUGCGAAUGUCGGCCAUCAACGGCAAAGGCGAGGGGGAGUCCAGCGCGCCCAUGAGCUUUAAGACUGAGCCUGUCCGGGAACCUGCUGCUCCCAAACUGGAGGUCAAGGUUCACAACAAAGGCAAUGCUCUGAAGGUGAACUGGUUCAAGCAGGACGACGGCGGCUCUCCCAUCAAGCACUACCUGGUCCGGUACAAGGCUAAGCACACGUCGGACUGGAAGCCCGAGAUCCGCCUCCCCCACGGCAGCGAGUACGUGGUGCUGAGCGGGCUGGAGUAUAACACGGAGUAUGAGGUGCACGUGGUGGCAGAGAACCAGCAGGGCAAGUCCCUGCCGGGGGUCCUGUCCUUCAGAACGGCCUCCGAGCCCACCACUGUGCCAGGCAGCCCCAACGGGACGGGAAUGGGCACCGGAGCCAUCGUGGGGAUACUGAUCGUGGUCUUCUUCCUGCUGCUGGUGGGCGUGGACGUGACCUGCUACUUCCUGAACAAGUGCGGUGUGCUCAUGUGCCUGGCCGUCAACAUCUGCGGGAAGCGAGGCCCCGGAGCCAAAGGGAAGGACAUCGAGGAGGGAAAGGCUGCGUUCACGAAAGACGAGCCCAUUGUGGAGGUGAGGACAGAGGAAGAGAACAUUUCAAGCCAGGAGGGAGGGGGCGCCACUGAGCCCAACGAGACCACCCCCCUGACAGAACCAGACGGCAAAGCGGUAAAAGAGGCCGGAGAGGUGAAGAACGGCACGGCUGAACCCAACAAUGUCACUGUGCCUGAAGUCAAGGCGGUGCCCAGCGAGGCUCCCCAGGCCAACGGGGCCAAUGAGAGCAAAGCGUAACCCAGCAACCAGGAAGAGGCGGGGCCAGAGGGAAAUGGGAGGGGCAUGGGAGAUGGGAGGGGUCACUGUCACUGAAACCUCAAAGCAAUGUCUUAUGCCAUACCGUUCCGGCAAAUCUCAAACACUGCAAAAGAGGGAAAUUGAAAUUGGUUGAAUUCAAUGGAAUUUAAAUAUCUAUAUUUGUUGAAACUAAUUAAGAAAAGCUUUGUCAAUUUGAUAGAUUUGUUGCUGGUUCAGACUGAUUAAAGAGGAGGUAUUAUGCUACAUUGAGUGACGACCAUGUUAUAAUGUUCACUCUACAAAAAUAUGCCUGAAGAGGUUUUAUAUGUAAUCAAUGCAAGUUUGAGUAAUCUAGCGAUCUCUCCUGGGUCCUAUUCAAUCCGGCUUUAUGGUUAGCAGUACAAGCUAAGGUUUUCAUAAAUAUACAAAAGCAGGAUACAAGCAAUGCACAACAACUUUACAAUCCUGAUACAAUUUGUAGCAGUUUCAUUAGCAGAAUGCGCUCUGA